AUGCUUCUUCUAGACUACCAGAAUGUGCUGAUCCAGUCAGUGCUGACAGAGAGGUUUUCCGGAGCCCCUCCAGUCAACAUUGACCAGACAGUAUCGGAUUUUGAUGGAGUUACAUUCCACAUUUCCACACCAGAAGCCAAGUCUAAGAUUGUCGUCUCUAUAAACAUACGGUGCUACAAAGAGCUCCUACAAUACGGCGCUCAGCAAGUCCUCGAGCGAGAAUAUGGCCCUUAUGUUAUUGCGCCGGAAGCUGGGUAUGACUUUUCUGUACAGGUCAAUCUAGAUGACCUACCGGAAGAUAAAGAAGCCCGAGAUGACUUGAUUCGAAGGGUUUCCUUAUUGAAGCGCAACGCGAUGGCAGCGCCAUUCGAGCACGCAUUUGACGAACAUUACCAGCUAGCGCAGGAAGCAUCGAAAUUUACUUCAGAGGAGGCACCCCAAGGAAUCAGGGAAGGAGGGGCGGUCAAGGGCAUCCACUAUCGCGACGAAGAAGCCAUUUACAUAAAAGCCAGCCAUGACCGAGUCACCGUCAUAUUCAGCACCAUUUUCCGGGAAGAGACUGACAGGGUCUUUGGAAAGGUUUUCAUCCAAGAGUUUGUGGACGCUCGUAGAAGGGCCAUCCAGAAUGCUCCACAGGUCCUGUUUAGAACCGAUCCUCCUUUAGAACUCCAAGGUGUACCUGGGGUAAAAGAUAGCGGCAAAGGAGAAAUCGGUUAUGUGACAUUUGUUCUCUUUCCCCGGCAUUUGACCCGACAGCGACGAGAUGAAGUCAUUUCCCAUAUUCAAACAUUCCGAGACUAUUUCCACUACCAUAUCAAAGCAUCCAAGGCAUAUAUUCACUCACGGAUGCGAAGACGUACCGCGGAUUUCCUGCAAGUCCUACGAAGAGCACGGCCAGAGAACGAAGAAAGGGAGAGAAAGACUGCGAGUGGAAGAACUUUCAAGGUUCAGGGCAGCUAA